UCUGUGCCGCCGUCCUGGACGAAAUACGCUUAUCCCUCCACCCUCGGAUUGUCGAAUUGGAUCGCGGACAUGCUAAAUCGAAUAACCGAGCUAUCGAAUUGGACAAUGGAUUUUAUCGUAAGUCAAAGCUAAAACAAUGCAACAGGAAGAGAUCUCAAACUCUUAUCCGUACACGAGUAUGUAUGUUUCAACAGUUACCAUCAUCCAUCUGGCUGGGUGGUUUUUUCAAUCCGCAGUCCUUUCUUACCGCCAUCAUGCAACAAACCGCCCGUAAAAACGAGUGGCCCCUGGACAAGAUGUGUCUGCAUUGCGACGUAACCAGAAAACACAAGGAGGAACUUAGGGUGCCGCCGCGCGAGGGUGCGUACGUGAAUGGUUUGUACAUGGAGGGUGCGCGAUGGGACACGGCGAGCGGCGCGAUCGCAGAUUCUCGGCUAAAGGAGCUGUUUUGCCUGAUGCCGGUGGUGUUCGUGAGAGCGAUCACACAGGACAAGCAGGAGACGAAGAACAUGUACGAGUGCCCGGUUUACCGGACCAGAACGCGUGGGCCGACUUACAUCUGGACGUUCAAUCUCAAGACCCGCGACAAGCCCAGCAAGUGGACCCUGGCUGGCGUCGCGAUUCUUCUACAGAUUUAGCCGGGUUCUCUCGUCUUGCAUCCGCGAUAUGAUGAUGCCGGCGAUGCCAGCUUCACAUUCACACGCGAUUUCACGCUCGUAAUAGUUUUCUUUUUUUCUUCCUUUUUUAUGCUUCCCUUUGCGAGUCUUAAUGGCAAUGCGCGCGCGUGCAACUAUGGUUUCCCGGUUAAUAACCGUCGCAAUUACGUCGAAGCUCUCUUGCACGGAUGAGUCGGAGCUGCGAUAAUUACAACGUGCGUAUUCGAGUAAUUACAAUUGGCAUAUACGCGGACGUAGUAACGCGGUUACUCUUCUUCAAGUAGAGCGCGAUUUCGUUUCAAGUCCAGCAUGGUCUUGCGUUAGGAAGCUCGAAGGACGGGCUCGGCCGAGCGGAAGAAACUUGGCACAGGUGCGCCCGUUACUCUAAAAAACCGUAAUAUGUCGUCGCCAAUUGAAAACACGAUUCCAAUUGAAAGAAUCUACAAAAUGCGGCGACACCGAGUGGCGAGUGUAUUUCGACGACAGUAGGAAGGACGUCGGCUUUCGCACAUCCGGUGCUUUCUUUACGCGCACACCAUUUGACAAGUCGACGGUACACGACGACAAUAUGAUUGAAGGUCUCGAGGAAGCGGUCACCCUUUAUCGACUGCGGCGUAAUUAUCCGUUUCGCGAUGAUGCAUCUGGUUUCGCGUGUCACCCGGUGUCUUCGCGGUGAUGCGAUGUGCGCGGAAUUUUGGACACGCGAACGAGUGCCUUGCGAAACGACUUUCACGACUGCGAAUCCUUCUGCUGAUGUCGAUGUUGAACAACGAAACAAACGGUAAAGUACAGCAUGGGACUGCGUGACAAUUUGCUGCGUUAUUAUUUAGUAGCUUGACAUCUCGCACGCACUACCUUGGUUUGAAAUAAUCAACCGUUAUUCACAACUUGGUCACUUUGUGACAAAGAGAGACGUGACGAAUCAAUCGAAGAUCGAUAGCACCUAAUAACGCAUGUUGUACGUAACAAUGUCAUAUUAUAAAACGCCUGAAACGAUUGCGAUUACCAGGAGCAAAAAGCAUUCUUUUCUAACAUCUCGGAGUGCUAGUCUAGACUAGAGAGAAGUCGCUUCUGGCCUCCGUUUGGGAGGUAAAUUUUCACGAGGCACAUACUUUUGCGGAUAAGCUUUGACAUUGAGCGCGCUCGCCGGGUCUAGACGAAACCGGCGCUACCUGUCUCGGAUUAAGAAAGACUCGGGAAAUAUUUUUUGGUCAUUAAACUAAUUAGAUUACCGGUAUUGCGGCGGUUGGCUAUAAAUUAGCGUUCCAGGAUCUUUACGGUUGCCCCCCGUCCGGGCUGUUCGGCCGAGAACGCCUUCGGGGCAAACGCACGUUUCUGGUAUUUAUAGGAGACCCAUACCGGACCGAACGCGAUGAUGCUUCGAAAGAACCGCGUUUUCGGAUUGCGUACGGUUCGGUUCGCGUUACGACGACACGAUUUCUACAUUCUAAGAUUGCAUUCGCAUGGACGAUUUCGUGAGAAUGAUAUUUCAGUGCUGCGAGAGGAUAAAAGAGAAAACGAUGAUUGAGUAUUACUCUUUGUAACACAGUGACGUGAAAAGCAUUCUCUUGUAUCUAAUCGCAAAUUUACAUUAUCGCGAUAGACGCCAAUUGCAUUGAUAAAAUGAUUAUAACUUGUACACUUUUAUUAAAUUACUUUACGCACGUGCACAUGAUCCAACAUUAAUGAGAUACGAUCAGGAAAUGGCAAGUCGACGGAAAAACGCUUAAUUAUGAUACGCAUAUGCGCGCGUGUAUAAUUACGACUUGUCUUCAUCAUCGAUGUAACGAAAGAUCUUCUUGCCUUUCCUGUAUCUACAUAUCAUACGAUAUGAAACGGCGUACUAAAUAUUAUCGCAAACUUCUUCAACUACAGCGAAGUGACUUAUGA